AUGUGGUUUCAGAAGGACGGAGCCACGUCACACACUGCUCGACAAUCGAUGGAAGCAGUUCGUCAAUUGUUUGGAAGACUUAUUAUUUCACGUAAUGGUGACAUUGAAUGGCCUGCCAGAUCCCCUGAUCUUAGUGUGUGUGACUUCUUCCUGUGGAGAUAUCUUAAAGGCAAGGUGUACCGUACACGUCCUGCAAUAAUCCAUGAACUGAAGGAGAACAUUGAAAAAGAGAUCACUGCCAUUCCCCAAGAUUUGCUACACCACGCAUUCCAGAGUUUUCAUAACAGGCUGUUAGAGUGUGAACGCCGAAUGGGAGAACAUCUUUCCGAUGUCAUCUUUAAAAUGUAA